CGUAUCUUAGCACAACCUCCACCAUUUCUCUAGCCUACGCACUCGCCGGAUUUUUUUGCCUUGUUCUACGGGUCAACUAUUAAUUCAAUCUUGCAUAAAUUUAUAUAAACCCAAACACAACCUACAUUCUCUCAAACACAGAAAAAUAAAAAUGGGGGUUGAUUACUAUAAGACACUGAAAGUAUCACCAAAUGCAACAGAAGAAGAUUUAAAGAAAUCAUACAAGAGAUUAGCGAUGAGGUGGCAUCCAGAUAAGAAUAAUGGUGAGAACAAGAAAGAAGCUGAAUCGAAAUUCAAGCAAAUAUCUGAAGCAUAUGAUGUGCUUAGUGAUCCACAAAAGAGACAGAUCUAUGAUAUAUAUGGUGAUGAAGCAUUAAAAUCAGGUCAAUUUGAUCCAUCAUCACCUAUGAAUAGAGGAUUUAAGUUUGAUUCACGUGAUGCUGAAGAUAUAUUUGCGGAGUUUUUUGGUGGGUAUAGUGGUGGUAGUGUGAGGGUUAAGAAAGCUGAACCUGUUGAGAAUAAGUUGUUGUGUGGUUUGGAAGAGUUAUAUAAAGGUUCUAAGAGAAAAAUGAAGAUUUCAAGAAUUGUUCGUGAUGAUACUGGUAAGCCCACAACUAUUGAAGAGGUCUUGGCAAUACACAUUAAACCUGGUUGGAAGAAAGGCACAAAAAUCACUUUCCCAGAGAAAGGGAAUCAUGAACCCGGAGCUGCACCUGGUGAUCUUAUUUUUGUAAUAGAUGAAAAGCCACAUGAUGUUUUCAAGAGAGACGGGAAUGAUCUAGUGAUCAAUCAGAAAAUCUCACUAGUAGAUGCUCUCGCUGGGAAAACUAUCAACUUGAUUACUUUGGAUGGAAGGGAACUCACAAUACCAAUUACAGAUGUUGUUAAACCAGGACAUGAGAAGAUAAUUUCAAACGAAGGAAUGCCAAUAUCAAAAGAACCUGGAAAGAAAGGAAAUUUGAAGAUCAAGUUUGAGGUUAAAUUCCCGUCAAGGCUUAGUUCAGAUCAGAAAUCUGAUAUCAGAAGAGUAUUGGGCAGAACAGCUGACAACUAAGCCACGGUUUAACUUAUGAUUUCACUAAGAAUGAUUGUUUAUGUAAAUACUUGACAAGUUUACAUAAAGUUUAUGCUAGACAUAAGACGAGAAUUGUGCAUAGUAGGAUCAGUGUUUUGACGAUGCCACUCAAGGUUUACUUUUAUUUAGCACCAUUAAAGAAGCUAAUAUAGCAGCUACUUCAGCUGCUCAUAUAUAAUUCUUACGUUGGAUAUUGAACACGUUAGGAAGUUUACUAGUUGGUUAUUAACAUAUUUGUUGGUUUUUUGGCAUUGUCA